AUGGGCCUUCUUGGCUUCACCGUGAGCUACUUGCUCUUCUCCGCCAUCCACUUCUGUCAAUUUAUUCUCGCAAUCGUUGUCUGCGGGCUCUAUGGCUAUGACCUGCAUCAUGCCAACAACAGUGGUAAAUAUUCCGACUCAAAAUGGAUCUUCGCUGAGGUUGUCGGCGCGCUGUCUGCGGCUACCGCUCUACUCUACUUGAUCCCCUUCAUCCUGCGAUUUGCCGUCGUCUGGAUCUGGAACGUCAUCAUUUUCAUACUCUGGAUCGCGCUGUUUGGUACAUUCGGCAAGCUGUUCAUCCACGAGAACCCCGAGGGUAACGGCGGCAUCCAGCGCAUGAAGAACGCCGUGUGGAUUGACCUUACCAAUGCGCUUCUCUGGCUCAUCUCCGCCAUUGCCCACUUCUGCUACUGGUGGACACACCGCGAGCGCGUCACCCGAUUCACUGGCCGCGCGAAGGUUUAA